GGGCACGUGAGGGAGGAGAGCCCGGAGAACGCCAGGCUGUCUUCUGUCAGUGCCAAAUCCACCCAUAAGAAACGGCACAGCAACUCCAGUGAAACGUCCAGCGGGGAUGGGGACAGUGACCAGGAGCAGGUAAUGGCAGUACCUGGUGUGCCUGAGGUGACAAGGGGAGCUUUGAGCACCCGCAUUACAGUCAGCCUACAUUUAGAGCAGGUUAUCUUCAUUUCUUUGUGUGUUCCCUCACAAUCAGUGGGGAGACAGCCCUGUCUUUCCAAGACUGAAAGCUGCUUGGUUGUGCUUGCUGGCAGUUAUUUGCAAACAGUUGGAAUUGUGAGAGUGCUGAAGUUCUAGAUCAGCACCCAUGGUUUCCUCAUGUCAACAGUGCCAGUGCCGUUAGAGCCGCUGGUUGCUGCCUUCAGGCUGUAGGAAGAGGGCAUCUGGAUGUGAUUUAAUGGCAGUGGCUGUGAUUGCUAGACAUACGUUUUAAUUGGCUUCUUGCCAGUAUGAGUUCUUCUGUGGAGAUGACUGAAGAGCAGAAAGAGGGUGCUUUCUCCAAUUUCCCUAUCUCUAAAGGGACCAUUCAGCUUCUUCAAGCUCGAGGAGUGACAUACCUGUUCCCUGUGCAAGUGAAGACCUUCAACCCAGUAUAUUCUGGCAAAGAUGUAAUUGCUCAGGCACGAACUGGAACUGGGAAGACUUUCUCUUUUGCUAUUCCCCUAAUUGAAAAGCUUCAGGCGGACUCACAGGAAAGAAGAAGAGGCCGUUCACCAAAAGUUCUGGUUCUUGCUCCAACAAGAGAGCUGGCAAACCAGGUUGCCAAAGAUUUCAAGGACAUAACGAGAAAGCUCACAGUAGCUUGUUUUUAUGGAGGAACACCAUAUAACGGACAAAUUGAUCUCAUUAGAAGUGGAAUUGACAUUUUGGUUGGCACACCUGGUCGAAUCAAAGAUCAUCUUCAGAAUGGCAAGCUGGACCUUACCAAGGUGAAACAUGUCGUCCUUGAUGAAGUUGACCAAAUGUUGGACAUGGGAUUUGCUGAGCAAGUGGAGGACAUCUUACGAGUUGCGUACAAGAAAGAUUCUGAAGACAAUCCCCAGACGCUACUGUUUUCUGCAACAUGCCCAAAUUGGGUGUAUGACGUGGCUAAAAAAUACAUGAAGUCUAAAUAUGAGCAGGUUGACUUGAUUGGGAGAAAAACUCAAAAGGCUGCUACAACAGUAGAACAUUUGGCUAUAGAGUGUCACUGGUCUCAGAGAGCUGCAGUUAUUGGAGAUGUCAUUCAGGUCUACAGUGGCAGCUACGGGAGGACCAUUGUAUUUUGUGAAACCAAAAAGGAUGCAAAUGAACUGGCUCUGAAUGCAUCAAUCAAGCAGGAUUGCCAGUCAUUGCACGGUGACAUUCCUCAGAAGCAAAGAGAGAUCACGCUGAAAGGUUUUAGAAAUGGUGCAUUUAAAGUUUUGGUUGCAACCAAUGUAGCUGCCCGUGGUUUAGAUAUCCCUGAAGUUGACCUAGUUGUACAGAGUUCACCACCAAAGGAUGUGGAGUCCUACAUCCAUCGUUCUGGACGCACGGGUCGAGCUGGCCGUACUGGGAUCUGUAUCUGUUUUUAUCAGCGGAAGGAAGAAAAUCAGUUAAGAUACGUGGAAGUAAAAGCGGGCAUUACGUUCAAGCGCGUUGGUGUUCCUACUGCAACAGAUAUAAUAAAAGCUUCCAGCAAAGAUGCUAUCAGAUGUCUGGAUUCUGUUCCUCAAACUGCUAUUGAGUAUUUCAAAGAGUCUGCUCAGUUGCUAAUAGAAGAAAAGGGACCAGUGAAUGCCUUGGCUGCAGCUCUAGCACAUAUUUCAGGUGCUACUUCCAUUGAACAGCGCUCCCUGCUGAACUCAGACGUGGGAUUUGUUACAAUGGUACUGCGCUGCUCUGAAGAAAUAAACAAUAUGAGCUAUGUUUGGCGAAGACUACGGGAACAGCUGGGGGGUGAUGUUGACAGAAAGGUGAACAGAAUGCGUUUCAUCAAGGGAAGAAUGGGUGUGUGCUUUGAUAUUCCUGUAGCAGAUCAAAAGGACAUAGAGGAAAGAUGGGAAGAUUCAAAGCAGUGCAGUCUGUGCGUGGCAAAUGAAUUACCUGAACUAGAAGAAUCCCAGCGAGGAGGAGGAGGAGGAGGAGGAGGAGGAGGUGGAAGUAACAGAAGCUUCUCAGGCUCCAGGAAUGGGCGGCGGGGUGGCUCGGGAAGAAACAGAUUCAGAAGCAGGGGCCAGAAACGAAGCUACGACAGAGCGUUUGAUCGCUGACCUCAGAAGCCAGGAGUGGAGAAGCAGGACAGCAGUAUUUUAUAAUAUGUUAAAAUAGGCCGUUCCUGUGUCUGUUUGUACCACUUCAAAAAAAGUCAUGCAUUUUUUUUUGGAGGUUUUUUCUUCAGUACUACUUUGGUCAUAAACAAGAUCAUGUUGUUCACUUAAAAAAAGGCAACCGUUUCCUUUCUUUCUUUACUGCCAUUUCAUCUGUGUGUAAAACCUCCAUCUCUGUUCCAGAAUAUGUGUGUCGCAUCCAAACCUGUAGCCCAGCUCACUGUAUAAAAUAUAGAUCUUAACUGAUGGCCAAACCUGUACAUUUUCCAAAAAGGUUACAAAAAAGUAAAAUAUUAUUUUACAAAUUCA